AUGGCUACUGUACACCCCUCACGUAUGGGCCUCGUUCCUCAGGACCCAAAAGAUACCCAUCCAUCGUCGAGACGAGAUCGCGGACGAUCCCCAUCCCCCCAAUAUUCGCGCCGACAUUCACCCUCUCACGACACAGACAAAGACUACCGCAGGGAUAAUACUCGCAGAGCGCAAAAUGGAGACAGUCACAGAUACAGGGAGCGAGACAGAAGCAAACAGAGGGACAGCGAGAGUAGCAGGCGAUAUGAGCGUGCCCGUGCGGACGACUACUUCAACGACGUGAGCAGUGGCGCAGGUCAGCAGAAGAACCGUAAUCGCAGCAAGAGCACUCAUCGCGAGCGCGACAAUGAACGAGAUGAGAAGAAGGAACGUGACAGGACCCGUCGCCCGAGUCCUGAGUACGAGGAAUAUCGCCGUCCGUCCCCACCCCGGGAGCACGAAGGAUCUGCGCUUCCGCAGGCACCGUGGAGACAGCAAGAGAACAUGUACCCUAGGGUUAGGGAUCGCGCGAUGAACGGUGGAUAUGCUGGGGAUUUUAUGGAGAGGUAUCGAGAAAGUAGCUCGUUCUCCAUCUGGCCUCCCUCGCCGAAGGCGCCGGCACGUAACCUAUCACCUGAUGGAAAUUCAAAAAGACGCAAGAAGUCACACAAGCGACGACAUGAUUCUGAUGCAUCCUCGGACACGGAUUCCGAAGAGGAAUACCGGCGCCGACGGAAGGAGCGGAAGAAGGCACGGAAGGAAAAGACGCGAGAGAAGGACAGGGACAGGUCUGAAGAGCGCGACCGGCACAGACACAGGUCAAAAUCUAUGUGGCACAGCGACGAAGGGGAUUCGGAAGACGAGCGGGAGAAGCGGCGGCGCAAGAGCCGCGCUGAGAGCGAGGAGCGGGACCGACGUAGGAGCGAGGACAGGUAUCGGCGACGGAGCGCCACACGGACGAAAAGUCCUGAGGCGCCUCCCCAUUCCGCGGUUGAUGAGGACGACUGGGUCGAGAAACCAAGCGCCUCGGGGCUCCUUGCUGCGGUUGCUCCGCCCGCCCAGAGCCACGGUAGUCCGCUCAAGGCAUCGACAAUAUCCAUGCCUCCUCCGCCUGUCACAUCUUUAGGUCGAUUGGUGCAAGAUGCUGGCACUGAUGACGAAUCCGACGACGGCGUCGGUCCGCAGCCUGUGAACAAGGUACAGUCGUCACGCAAGAUUGACGAGCGCCAGUAUGGUGGUGCACUGCUGCGGGGCGAGGGUAGCGCAAUGGCGGCGUUCCUUAAGGACGGCACGGACUUGCGCAUUCCGCGGCGUGGUGAGAUCGGGCUGGCGUCGGACGAGAUUGCUGCGUUUGAGUCGGUCGGGUACGUCAUGAGCGGCAGCCGGCACAGGCGCAUGAACGCGGUGCGGAUGCGGAAGGAGAACCAGGUCAUCAGUGCGGAGGAGAAACGCGGGAUUUUGAAGCUGCAGCAGGAGGAGCGGGAACGGAGGGAGACGAUUUUGCGGGAGGAGUUCCAGCAGCUCGUAAGCGAUAAGCUGAAGUCACAAGGAGCGCCGAAGUGA